UCCGCGUGCUCGUAAUUUGGCUUUUGCUCGCCUCGACGCGAGCAGAUGAUAUGUUCUCGUGCUGCAUGGGAGGCUGGAAGGCGUUGCGUGGAGUGUCGCUGUGUCCGCUGAACUGCUGCCACGGUUACGAGGAGCGCGUGUUGCAGCUGCCGCGCCUGCAGGAUCCUGUUGUUUGCCACAAGCUGUCACCUCAGCAGCUCGAGAACAAGAUCAGGAUGGCUCGUUUGGCUCACGCGACUGCAGCUCCCUCAACCACGACCUCCACACCGCAGCCUGUCCCUCCACCUGCGUCGCUCCGUCACUACCGAGACAUCAGCGAGAUCCUUCAGGAACUGAUGACUGGUGCUGAUACAAAGGGCAAGACUCCUGCUUCAGUUGACAGGAUCGAGAGGGACCUCAUUGGGGAGGACACGCGUGAGGCUCCGCUGCAGUGGCUGCUGACUCAGCAUUCUCAGCACAUCAGGAGGCUGCUCAUGGAGGGAGUCACGAAGGCCGCCAUGAUGGACACCCUCGACACCUUCAUUGACGAGAUGCUGUCCCGCAUGAAAUAGACUUCAGCUACUCUAAACGAUGCUUACAACAAAGACCACGUGGCGACCAUUGGAAGACGAAAGGCACCAAGUAUAACAUAACCAUGUGACUUAGACACACAAUUGGACACCAGGCUAAUCCAGUUAUUUUAAACGAGCAACAAACAUAUUCACUUGAUAAACAUGAAUUCUUUUGUGUAGAAAAACUUAAUUGGCCGGGGCGCUGCGUGGCGAGCUUGGUAAAAAUAAAUGAAUCUCGCUUGACUGGUUAUGAUCUUCUCGUUCAUUGGAGUUUAAGACGCGUUAGUCGGAGUCUGAAUGUUACGCAAAUUCUCUACAGAGGAGUCAAGGUCUCGAGAAGUGCGCAAGACAAAAAAUAUCUCUCCAUUGUAUUAGAAUCAACAUGGAUCCUGAUUAUAAGAAUAAGAAUCAGCCAGAACAGGAUUCGUAGAAUUAAGCCAGGUGUACACAUCACAUUACAACUGUCUUCCAACGCUA